GGUUUGGAUUCAGUAGUUAGCUGGCUGAAGCUGGAGUUGAUGAGUCUGAAGGGGGACAGAGAUCAGAUCGGAUCAGGGGUCUCUGUAGCCGUCAUAUCAGUACAUUAGCGGAAUAAUAAGAGCGGGAAGGUGCUCUGUGGUCUUUCUUCGGUGCUGGGGGGCUGUAGACGGGCUCUGUGUUCACGGCGGAGUCUCAGAAAUGUGUUAAAGCAGCAGCUCCUCAGGACGCAGGGCUGUUUUCGCUGACUUGUCUGAGUUGUGAGGGAGAAAUGUGUGGAUGAAGAAUCGCUAUCUGCCUCUCAGCGAGCCAGCACUUCUGUAAUGACUGAUUAACGAGAUCGUAAUGGCAACAAAGGCGCAGGUUUUAUACGACUUCACAGCAGAGCCGGGGAAUAAUGAGCUUUCGGUGAGAGAGGGAGAGACAAUCACAAUCACAAACCAGAGCAUUGGAGGAGGCUGGAUAGAGGCUCAGAACUCCAGAGGAGAAAUUGGCCUGGUGCCAGAGGACUAUGUUGAGCUUAAUAAGCCCCAGCCUUCAUCAGGAGGAGGAAGUGUGCCCCCCCUUGACCUGUCCUUCUUUGACACUCAUGUCCCGACCCCAGCUCCAGCCCCAGCCAGCAACACGCAAAGUCAGGUGGAUGUAGUUCAGGUGGAAAGCCCUGACACCCCCCUCACCCCUGUCUCCCCGACUUCCCCUGAUGAGUGUAAUGGUAAUGAUCCAUGGGCAGUGUUUGACAACAACGCCUCUGGAGGCUUCUCCAACAACUGGGCAGCCCAGCCAGAGGGCACAGAGACGGGCAAGAACAGCAGCAAUGCCUGGGGUUCCACUUCAUAUGGUCAUCCUCAGGCCUACCAGGGCCCAGGUGCUGAAGAUGAUGAGUGGGAUGACGAGUGGGAUGAGAGGAAGUCAUCGGGCUAUACUGAAGGAGAAACAGGGGAGGGAGGGGCUAUCACUAGAGGAGGAGCGCAUGGGUCCUCCAUGAAAAUCGCCCUCAACAAAUUCCCUGGCUUCUCCAAAUCAGGCCCCGAGCUGUUCCUCCUAUCCAAACAGAGCGCUAAAGGAAACAAAUUAUCAGUCUAUAUAGGGGAGGUUGGGCCAGUGUGGGAGUACCCGGAUUCCCAGCUGGACUGUGUUGUAGCAGACCCCAAAAAGGGCUCCAAAAUGUAUGGACUCAAGAGCUACAUUGAGUAUCAGGUCUCACCCAAUACCACCAACAGACCUGUCAAUCAUCGAUACAAGCACUUUGAUUGGCUGUAUGAGAGACUUUUGGAGAAAUUUGGUUCAGCCAUCCCUAUUCCUAGCCUGCCAGACAAACAGGUCACAGGCCGCUUUGAAGAAGAGUUCAUUAAGAUGCGAAUGGAGAGGCUUCAGGCCUGGAUGACAAGAAUGUGUCGGCACCCUGUCGUCGCCAACAGUGAGGUCUUUCAGCUCUUCCUCAACUACAAAGACGAGAAGGACUGGAAAACAGGGAAGAGAAAAGCAGAGAAGGAUGAAACGGUCGGAGUUAUGAUCUUCUCCACAAUAGAACCGGAGGGACUGCCUGACCUGGAACUUCUCGAAGUAGAACAGAAAUGUGAGCAGUUCAGUCGUUUCACCAAAGCGAUGGAUGAUGGUGUGAAGGAUUUGCUGACAGUAGGACAUGAGCACUGGAAGCGCUGUACAGGCCCCCUCCCUAAGGAGUACCAGCGGAUCGGCAAAGCCCUCCAGAACCUGUCAUCAGUAUUCACCAGCAGUGGAUAUGAAGGAGAGGCCACACUUACUGACGCUAUGACAGCAGCUGGGAAGACCUACGAGGAAAUCGCUCAGAUGGUGGCAGAACAGCCUAAGAAGGAUCUUCACUUUCUCAUGGAGACCAACAAUGAGUACAAAGGGCUUCUGGGAUGCUUUCCUGACACGAUUGGAGUUCACAAGGCUGCCAUAGAGAAGGUGAAAGAGGCUGACAAACUGGUGGCCACCAAUAAAAUAACCACCACAGAAAAGGUCACCAUGGGAAAGCGAGCCAGCACGAUGUCAUAUGCAUUGCAGGCGGAAAUGAACCACUUCCAUAGCAACCGCAUCUAUGACUACAACAGAGUGAUGCAGUUGUAUCUGGAGCAGCAAGUGAAGUUCUAUGAGACGAUUGCUGAGAAGCUGAGACACGCUCACAGUCAGUUCACGACCAUGUAAAGAGAAGAGGACUGCACUGAGCAAGGCACUGCUGCACAUACAAGGCCUUCUCUCUUAUUUCCUGUCUCUCUCUCUCACUCACUCACUCGCUCUUGCUUUCUUUUCAGUUCCUCUUUCUUUUUAAGAUCUUUAUUUGUCUAUGACCUCAGUGCCAUAAAAAGCUUCUGUUGAUCUCAGGCCAAAGGCAGUUAGCUAAAGUAUCACUUAGCCUCUCUCUCUCUCUCUCUCUCUCUCCCUCUCUCCCUCUCUCUCACGCUCUCUCUCUCCCUCUCUCUCUAUUAACACAAACAUACCUCCCAACAGUUCUCAUUAUUUUAAUUAAAUGGAUACUUCAGGUUUUUCAGCCUAAUAUCCGUAAUACAAAUAGCAUAAAUUUGAUGGCACAAAUAAUAACUUUAGCAUAUUACCCUGAACAGAAAAGCAGUGACUUGAAGCGCAGUUAUAAUAGAACCUAAUGGAAGCAAAGGUGCUUGCCCAUUGGGUUCUAUUGUAUUGUGGUUGUGAACCAACACAUUUCCUCUUCUGUUCAGUAAGAGAACUUAUUGUCUGUGGUAAAUGACCAUGCAAUAUAGAUUCAGAAGAUUGAGAUACGUUUGAAAAUGCUGAAGUGUUUCUUUUCCUUCAAAACAACAGCCAGUCUUCCUCCAGAAGCAGUGAAGAGGUUAUACGAGGUUAACAACUAGUACUGCGUUCAUCAUUUGCUGUGCGUUACAGUACUGUGCAAAAGAAACCACCCUUUUAAAAAUUUAAAUUCCAGUCAAAAUGGCAGUUAUGCAUUAUUUACUUUUCAGUGUCACGGAGAAAAAGCAAAAAGCGGAUAUUAGAGAUCGGAUAUUACAGUAUUUGCUGUGUUAACAAUUUACCUUUUAUUACAGCAUCCAUUGUUUCGAUACCUCUGACGUUCAGUCUCAGAAGUUGGCUGCAUUUUCUGCUUCUCAUAAUCCAAAUAAUCCCAAACACAUUCAGUGAUGUUGAGCUCUGGACUCUGGGGUGGUCAGUCAGUUGGUCUGAGAACAGCAGCUUCUUUGAUUUUGCUAAAUUUUCAUCUUUAUUGUCUGUUCGAUUUUCUCAGUAAUGGCCUCUUGACAGAAUUACAUGUGAUUUUUUUCAGAUCUUAAGCAAGAGUGGAGCUUGACAGUUUUGGUGGUCUGCCAGGUCUUGCACAGUUGUUAGGAGUCCCAUUUUCUUUGUCUUUUAAUCGUUGUUUUGAACUCCAGUUUUGGAAACUCCUAUUUUCCCACUUAUUUCCCUUGGACUUUCCGCCUCCUUAUGCAAAUGGAAUGUAUAGAAUCUCUUCUGAAAAAUGAAUAACUUGCUCUGAUUGGCCAUUUUGACUGGAUUAAACAUAUGAAGGAUGGUCUCUGACUUUUGCCCAGUACUGUAUGUUGUUGAAAUUAGUCACAUUCAGAACCACUUCCAGCCAGCUUUAUCCAUGAUAUCCUAGUCUGUCAGUGCAAGUAUCCAGAGAAAGAUGGAGGAGAGAGUCUUACAUGCUUACUACUGUGCCAUUUUUUGUGUGCACUCUUUUGCAAUAGCAGAGGCAUGGCCUCUUUCACUGUGCCUUCAUGUGUGUGCUGAAGAAAUUCAGCACACUUUUUAUGCCGUGCACUUUAAUAAGGCGUGUUCAGUGCAGAACUAUGUUCAUUACAGUGCCAAAACAAAGUCUUUAUGCACAUCUUUCUAUAUACACGCAUACAUAGUCACAUGCGUACAUGCAUAAACCCGUUUGACAUCUCUGGAGUAGAUACAGGAGGGCUGGUCCUUUUUUUUGCGCCAUAGAUUUCAUUCAAAUAUCAAACAGGUGCUUUAUGUUUCCUUCAAAGCCAAAUGACGAACAGCUUUACUUCUUUCGCCUGUCGCUAAGCAAUUUUCUCUGCUACGUUGCCACCGUGCAAUUUACUUUUCUCAUGCACUUCUUUGUCUUCUCACACUGAACAUAUAUUCUUUAUCCAAUGCAUGUGCUUCAGUUCUUGAUGUAUCAUUUUAUGUAUAGCAAUGUUUGCACCAGAAAUUAUUGAAAGGAAAAAAAAACCCAUAAAAAUAACUGAUUUAAUAAACCCUGAUUUGUACUCUCUC